AUGGACAACGAGAGCAGCUGUGUUUCCGUGUGCAGGAAUGACAAGCAGCUCUCCAAUACCACCGACCCGUUCGCUGUACGAGCAAGGGUCGUCGGAAUAGCGCCAGUCCGAUGGGACGCUGCUGUCUGCGAUCACCGCGCUGGCAUGGACUCCGUAACCGGCCACAUCAUGGGGCUGUCGCUCACCGUCAAGGAAUGGCAGUUGUGUGGUCUCAUCAGCCCUCCUGGCGCUGACAAGUCGACCAUCACGUCCCUUGUGCUGCGUACGUACACGCCGGCCAGCGGCACAGUGGACAUAGACCGCGUCGAUGUCAGCAGCUGCGAGAGGGACAAGUUCCGCAACGACAUUGCCGUGGAUUCAACCCAGUCAGGAAUCGAGGACGUUUGCAAGCUCGCCAGCAUUCACGAGCUCAUCCUGUCUGUACCUGACGACUACGAUGCAGAGCAUGGCCCCAAUAGCUCAUGCCUGGCGGGAAGGAAGCGUCAGGGAUUGGCCAUUGCGAAUGCCUUGAUGCGCGAACCGCGUCUGCUGCUGCUCGACCAGAGUACCAGCGCCCUGGAUGCCGAGAGCGAAAGGCUCUUUCAAGAGCGCCUCGAACAGGCGGCACGAGGUAUAAUAGUCAUUGCAAUCGCGCACAAUUUACACAUCGCUCGAAGAGCCGAUGUGGUCUUCGUAAAAGAUGAUGGCCAGAUCGUCGACCCGGAGUGUCAUGAGGAGCUGAUCGCGGCAGGCGAGACGCGUCCAGCCACGUUUGCCGGCACCCGCUCCUCGAACCACCCGAGCGAACGAGGAGGGAAUGCGGCUCCAGUGUCCCAUCCACCCCCCGAUCAACUCUCCUACGAAUUAGACAACUACCGCGCAAUUGAAGCGCGAGAAGACGCUGACGAGGCCGAGCGACGGCGCGAAGAGAAGAAGAAAGACAAGCGGGCGUGGCUCGAAGAACAGGACGAGAUGAAGUUCUCACACAGUAUCCAAUUCAAUGCUGUACCGGACUGGAGUAGUCACUACAUUGCGUACAGCAACUUGAAGAAACUGAUAUACCAGCUUGAAAAGACCGCUCAUCAAGGACUCGCUGGCGAUGGCGAGUCUCGACCGUUAAUAUCGACGGAAGACCCCGAGGAAGUCUUCAGCAGAGCAUUGGGCAUCGAACUGGAGAAGAUAUGCUCCUUCUACAAUGCCAAGGAGGGCGAGCUGCGCGAUGAGGUCAACCAGCUACUGCACGACAUCUCGCAACGCGUCGUCCCAGAUGGAACAACCACCAAUGCACUCCAACCGACCACUUCAAACGGGCUGAGGAGGCCAAGCUUGGCCCGGCAGAUGAGCUCAAGUGGCCUUAUUUCGGAUGACGAUGUCGAGGAAAGUGCUAGCGACGACGACGAAACGACCGGCCUGACGCGGCCUCGUAAGCAUAGCUUUGGGAGGAGGAGAACAAUUGCCAGUACCACAGGGGGCCAGGGGCAGGACCUGACGGCCUCGUCAGAGUUCGCGCGUUCCAUACGCAGGCGAAGCACUACCGUCGACGACUACGGCGAACAGUCCGCCCUGUUCCCCUCUGGAGUCUACUCCUCCGACAUUAUGCUGAAGAAGCGCAUCAUCAGCCUCUACGUCCAGCUGUGCGAGCUCAAAUCAUACGUUCAGCUCAACCGCACUGGUUUCAGAAAGGUGCUCAAAAAGUUUGAUAAAAUUGUCGACAAGGACCUCAAGGCCACAUACGUCCCCGAGCACGUGGACGCUUCCUACCCCUUCAAAGACGAGACCAAGGAGGCCCUCGAGCACAACAUUGAGAAGAUGGAGGCGGCAUACACCGAGGUCGUCACGCAAGGCGAUCGAGAGGCCGCAAAGAGGGAUCUGCGGUCGCAUCUGCGAGAGCACGUCGUAUGGGAGCGCAACACGGUCUGGCGCGACCUCAUUGGUAUCGAGCGCAGGGCGGAAGCGGCGCGACUCGGACAGUCUCUUCUUGGCUCUGACCCGAAUGCGACGGCGAGGAGACUGCAAGGCGACGAGGCCCAAGCCGAGACCAAGGGCAUUAGCACACCCAUUGGUCGUUUCAGGGUGCCCGCGUGGCUGCUCAACUCGUCCAUGUACACUCUCCUUGGCUCCUUGGCGGUCUUUUUCGUGCUUCUCUACCUGCCCAUCAUGGAGAAGGCUGAGCAGCAGAAUUGUCUGGCCAUGCUGGUUUUGGUCAGUCUGCUGUGGGCAACGGAAACAAUACCCCUCUUCGUCACGUCCCUGCUCAUCCCGUUCCUGUCGGUGCUGCUCAACGUGGUGCGAGAGGAGGAUCCCACCAAGCCACCUAAACGCCUCUCAUCCAAGGACGCUACGUCGGCCAUCUUUGCGGCCAUGUGGACGCCCGUCAUCAUGCUACUGCUCGGCGGCUUCACCCUCGCAGCCGCACUGUCCAAGUGCAAGAUCGACAAGCGGCUGGCGACCCUGGUCCUCAGCAAAGCUGGGACGCAGCCGAAGACGGUGCUGGUAGCGAACAUGUUCGUCGCUGCCUUUGCCUCCAUGCUCAUCAGCAAUGUUGCGGCUCCCGUACUUUGCUACUCGAUCAUCGAGCCCAUGUUGCGCACCCUCCCCUCCGAUUCGAGCAUGUCCAAGGCUGUCAUCAUUGGCAUCGCGCUGGCCUCCAACAUUGGCGGUAUGCUGUCGCCCAUUGCCUCGCCGCAAAACGUGGUCGCCAUGGGUAUCAUGCAGCCGGAGCCCACCUGGCUCCAAUGGUUCUUCAUUGUCAUCCCAGUCGGCGCCAUUUCACUGAUUCUGAUCUGGCUGCUUCUUCUCGUCACCUUCCACCCCGGACGAGGCACUACUAUUUCGCCGAUUCGACCUGUCAAGGAGAGCUUUACUGGUGUGCAGUACUUUGUGUCAUUCAUCACCAUUGCCACAAUCGCCCUAUGGUGUGCUAGCCACCAGCUCGAGGGUGUCUUUGGCGACAUGGGAGUGAUUGCCAUCAUCCCCAUUGUGCUCUUCUUCGGUAUCGGCAUCCUCACCAAGGAGGACUUCAACAACUUCCCGUGGACCAUCAUCAUUCUCGCUGCUGGUGGCCUGUCGCUUGGCAAGGCUGUCCGGUCGUCUGGGCUCCUGCACACUGUUGCUGAGCUUGUCUCGGACAAGGUCGAGGGGAUGAGUCUGUAUGGCGUGCUGGUUGUGUUCUCCGUGCUGAUCCUGGUCGUCGCCACGUUCAUCAGUCACACUGUUGCCGCUCUGAUCUUCCUGCCCUUGGUCUACGAUGUCGGAGUCGCGAUGGAUCAGCCCCAUCCGAAUCUGUUGGUCUUUGGUGGUGUUCUCAUGUGCAGCGCCGCCAUGGGCCUGCCCACCAGUGGUUUCCCUAAUAUGACCGCCAUCAUGAAGGAGGAUCCUGCUGGGCAGAGGUACUUGCAAGUCAAGCAUUUCAUCAGCAGGGGUGUUCCUAGCAGCAUUAUCACAUUGGUGGUGGUCAUUACUUUGGGCUAUGGAAUCAUGCAAGUGGCUGGGAUAGACUGA